GUUUGAAGGGCGCCCCCAAGAGAUACUAUUCUGCUAGCAAGCCUCACGUGUUUUGUACUGAUUUUGUCAACAAACGCGCGAAAUGUGAGCUCAAAGUAAUCCGGUCAGGGAUUUGAUUUUUGCGGGAAGAGCUUAAGUAAUCAUGGAAGAGACAGUUAGGCUUUGUGCCCUGGAGAAUCUUUUGUCAUCGCUGGAAGACAGUCAAUGCAGGGGGCAAUUGGAGAUUGAGAAACGUUGUGCAGAGGUGCAUGCAGCAUUUCAGCACGACAGCGAAGAUUCUGUGUGGUUUCUACAUGUCGCAGACAACGUCAAAAGAGUUGUCGCCAAAGUUGUUGCCUCAUUGGUUGGGAGAACAAUGCUUCCCCAAAGCCUGUCAAAUGAAAACGAAGACGAUUGUUUCCGAGAAACGGCAAGCAUAACUGCUGUUGUUGCCUCCACGUGUGCCGCCAUUUUGUCAAACCUCCAUGAAGGUCAAAGUUCACUGGGUUACACAGACGAGAGGAAGGAGAAAACUCAGCAAUUAGUCAGUGGUGUUGUCUCGGCUGUGGCCCCACAUUGUGUAGUUCUGGCAGCUAGCCACUGCGAGAAGCAUCCGUGGACCAGCAAGACAUCAAGACAGAACACCAAUGGUCUUUGCACUUUGCUCUGCAAGAUGUCAGGCUGCAACUCAGCCUCGGAACUUCUCAUGAUGGGACCAGCCUGGUGCAGACAGUCAAGCAACGUGGGCAUCUUUAAGGACGUCCUAGGUUUGCUGAAGGAACGACUGACAAGGGACCAGUGGCACAGGGAACCGGCAACAAGACAAGCAUUCAGAUGGUGCCUUCUGCAAGUGAAGCAUCCGCAUUUGGGACAGCACCUAGACUCUGUUCUGCCCGCUUCGCUUCUUUUUGUGGACGACUACAAGGAAAACAACAAAUAUCUUGGCGUGUUGUGCCUGCAGCACAUCAUCAAGAAUGUGGACCCGACUGAUUUGCGAUUGCACGGUCGGGCCAUGGUGAUCUUUGAAGCGCUCCACCAUCAACUAUACACGCAGAAGCCUGCCCUGAUUGGCCAACUCCUGCCAUGCCUCGUCAGCAUUCUUGCCGUAAUUGAGCGGUCUCCACAUAAAGCUGAUGAACAAAGAAAACCAAACCGAUACGACACCGUCUUACAGACAAUACUUAUAAGCAUGGAGUUUGAACAGAAGCUGGCCCUCCGGCGGGCUUACACUAAGAAUCUUCACCUGUUCAUCGACAGCAUGGGCAUCACAAUACUCAGACACAUGAAGCGAGUUCUGCGUGUAAUUUUAAAGUACCUUGAGGCCUCUGAUGGUCACGACGAUGUAUCCAGAAUGCACAUGCUACAGUCCCUCAAAUCACUCAUUCUCCAAUCCUGGCCAAGGAUCCCCGCCCACUGGGAGGAAAUCAUCAAAGUGUUACUGAAGCUCCUGUUUGAAGCCUGUGACAACCGCAGCCACGUAGACAAAGAAGUGAGACAGCCCAUCAUUGAUGGAUGUGCGGAAUGUCUGGUGUUGCUCAAACGAUGCUGCAGGAAGAACACCGAAGAGGCUCUCCGAGAGGUCUUAGCGGUCAGCACCGGUGAGAGCGACGCCAUGAAAGAAUCCGUGGAGAGAGUUCUGGAUGGCUGAAGACAUACACAGACGGAGAGUCCAAACACACAGUCACGCAACUUGGACUUUGACAAAAAAUGAGGAAAUACGAAUCUCUACAAGACUUGGUACAAUAUUUUUCAGAAAAAAACCAGGAAAUCAGCUGAUCCAAGGAAAAGUUGCAUGCCUGAAGCAUAGUCUUAUGAAGAUUGUAGAGUCAGGGAUGAGUGCAAAUAUUCUACCCAAUCCCUGAAGGCAGGGUCAAGCAAGAUACAGGUACUAAGGCCGUAGGCAUCUACAUGCUCACUGUUUCUUUUAAAAUAUUCUGGUCGUGGAAUCAAGGUUUCCUCAGAGGUGCACAGGCGUUGUAACCCACAGAUCUGAGGAAACAUAUAAGAUGACAAAGACAUGUUUCAGUUUAAGAUGUAGGAGGAAAAACCUGUGAUGAUAUUUGAGGGGAAGACCCUGGAAUCUGGCAGGGACUGAAGACCCAAUCCACCUGUCGACGUGGGCAGGAUUUGAACCAAGCUCAAAGAGGUGGAAGGUGAGGAAACUACCAUAGCCAUCUGACUUCCUGAUCUUAAAGACUAGCAGGCCAGAAUUCGGGAAGGAUGGAAUUUAGAAAGACCACUGUAACGGAUACUGUUUCUAAGCUCUAAGGGCGUUGUCCGUUCUUGUUCAUGUAUGAAGUCCAGCCUCCAGUGGUUCAGAUAAUCCGCUGCUGUCUAUUCCUACUCACAUUUGGUUGAGAGCUCAACAGGAAAUCCUGUCAAGAUAUCAAUCUGCCCUCCUCUUGGCCA